CAGUAAAAGCUGCAAGGUUCUCGCUUACUCAGCACUUCGCAGUCCCAGGAAACCUAGAUCGUCAACAACCGCCCCCCUCCCUCCCGCACGCCGCCGCCUCCCGUACCUCUAGCCUAGCUUCACUUCAGGGCGAGCUCUCUUUAGAUGCGUUUCUUUCGCACCUUUUCCUUCUCCGGGAGAGGAGGAAAAUGUAGCAGGCUUGAGUCCGGAGAACUGCUGCGCUCGCUUGCUGCAUUGAGGUCUGGCCCGGAGCCGGCGCUUUUAGCAUUGACGCAAUAAAAUUAGCCUGGAGAAGAGAAAUGGAGACGUACUGGGGAUAUCAGAGCGGGGCUGGCAGCCCUUAUGACUACUCGGGGAUGGGUGCCAAUGGGACUGGCAUCCAAAGCAGCACUUACUACAAUGAGGACCUUCUGCACAAGACUAUCCUGGUUGGAGACAGCGGAGUUGGGAAGACAUCACUGCUGGUUCAGUUUGACCAGGGCAAGUUCAUACCAGGCUCUUUUUCUGCAACUGUGGGCAUCGGAUUUACCAACAAAGUGGUGACCGUGGAUGGUGUGAAGGUGAAACUGCAGAUCUGGGACACGGCAGGCCAGGAGCGGUUCCGGAGCGUGACUCAUGCUUACUACAGAGACGCACAGGCACUCCUCCUCCUCUAUGACAUCACCAGCAAAAUGUCCUUUGAUAAUAUCCGGGCCUGGCUCACAGAGAUACACGAAUAUGCCCAAAAGGAUGUGGUCAUUAUGUUGCUAGGCAACAAGGCUGAUGUGAGCAGCGAGAGAGUGAUAAGAACAGAAGAUGGGGAAUCAUUAGCCAGGGAAUAUGGAGUGCCUUUCAUGGAGACCAGUGCGAAGACUGGCAUGAACGUGGAGCUGGCAUUUCUGGCCAUUGCAAAAGAGCUCAAGCAACGAGCCGUCAAGCAGCCAGAGGAGCCCCGGUUCCAAAUCCACGACUAUAUAGAGUCUCAGAAGAAGAGGAGCAGCUGCUGUGCCUUCCUUUGAGGAAGGAGAAGGAGGACACAAGGAAAGCCCAGAGGUCCCCCAGUGCACAGCAAAAGAGGUCAAGAAGCGGAACUGGCACCUUGGCAGCAACGCCAGGCAGGAGCUGUGUUGCGGACGCUCUCCAAAGACAAUCCUUUUUAGAGAAUACCGUUUCCAGGUUCUAAAUGAGGUCAUGCCUGCUGUUGCGGGUGUAUGUGCGCUUGCAGGCAUGCGUGAAGGAGGGUGUGUGUGUGAGAGUGAGUGAGUGAGUGUGUUGUUAUGCGCAAAGUGUUACUUCAAAGGCCAAAUGCACUUGAGUCCAGGACCGGCCGACCUGUGCUCAAAGUGGAGCUGGUCAGGAUCUGUAAUAUUGCCCAGGCCUAGUCUUUGCAAGGAAUUGGCCUGGACUCAAGAUUCCUGGACAGAGCAUCAUGACUUAUUUAGACAGGGCCACCUCUCCCAGGCCAGCAGGACUGAGCUAGGUUGACCUCAGAUGCAGAAGCAGGAUCUGCGCAGAGGGAGGUGUCCUUUGGCAACGUCCAUAGGAGCGUUUUGGAUGAGGUCCGGCUGAGCUAAAGGGUUAAUUUAAUAGCAGUGACAUGACUGGCGGGGGGGGGGGGAGACUGCAACCCUUUUGCUUCCCCUGGAAAGGUGACGCUUUAGAUGUUAAAAUGAAACUAGCAGGAGUGUCCAGUAAAGAAAAAGUAGACACAUUUCCUUUGACCUCUGGCUCUUUCCUGCUGCCCACGCCCAAAGAUCCUGCAGUCAGGGCUGCCUUCCUUCUCCUCCCUUCCUCCCUCUGCCCCAAGGAAAGGACUGAGGGAUCCAAGUAUUAUUCCUAGUGUGCCUGUUACGUCAGGAAAAUGCUGCCAACCCCGGUUGGUUUGGAAGAGAAAUCGCUCUGCGCAAAUAUAUCUGUUACUGGCUAGAAACAAAGGAAAGCUUUAGAAAGCUUGACUCUGCUUUUCGUUCCAGUCAAACCAAGAUUCCCUGCCAAAGUGAAGCCCAGUAAGUUGAAAGGCAGCGCAGCAGAAUGGGGAGAAAAGUUGGCUCCCUCUGUUCCAGCCUUGGCCAACCCAGUGCCCUGCUAAUGUCUUGAACUACAACUCCCAUCAGCCUCAGCCGCUGAGAGUUUCAGUCCAGCAGGUCACCAGGUUGGCCAAGGCUGCUCCAUUCAGACGCACAAGUUGGCUACUUCGGAGGCUGUCUGCUUUGGAAAGUGGUGGAGCAUUCUACGGUGAUUCCCCCCACCCUGGGCUCCUUCAAUUUCUUUCUUGCAGGCAGGGCCUGGGUUUCUGGGAGAGAAGCAAGCUCCCUUGCACAAAUUCAUACCAGCCAAGCAGCGUGGCUGAAAGAAUAAGCCCCCGGAGAUCUAUAUUUGGGCCCAUGCAAUACUUGUCCAUCUUGUACAAACUGCCACCAUUCCAUGCGGCAUGGUGUCAGAAGUCUCCACCGGUGUGAUCCAGAGGUGUUUUCAGGAAUCAUGCCUUACUGCGGGGAUAAGGAACCCGUGGCUUUCCAGAUGUUGGUCAAUUACAACUCCUGUCGUCCCCAGCCAUUGCUCUUGCUGGGUAGGGGCGCCGGGAACUGGAGCCCUCCCCCUGCCUUAUUCAUAUAAGAAGAGUGCUCUUGUAGCCCAAAUAUAGCCGUAGACCACAGAAGCAGCAAAUCCACACAAAGCAAUAGUUGUGAUUCUUAUGUUCCUAGAUUCCUAUGUGAUCCAAAGAUCCCUGUGUGCAGUUGAGGCCUGGCCACAUGCAUGUUCGUUUUGAAGUGUGUGCCACUCAGUUCAAUGGGAUAUAUUCCUAGUGAAUGAGAUAUAUUCCGCAUUUGCCUUUCCUCCGCGCAUUCCAGGCAUGGCCCAUGCUUUAAAGCUCUGCAUCCUUUAUUUUAUUUUAUUUUAUUUUAUUUUAUUUUUUGCUUCAGAGCAUCCCUUGCAAAAACUCACUCUUUAAAGCUCAAUCGGAGCAAACAACAAUCUGCAGGAAACCCAAAUUUCCAUUAGUUGUGUGGUAAGUGGGUUUUCUUGGGGAAAGCUCUGAAGCAAAAAAAACCACAAACCCAAGAGUGCUCAGACACAGAGCUUUAAAGCACAGACCUAUGCCUAGAAUGAGCAGGGCAAAAAGCAAAUGUGGAUAAGCCCUAAGUGGAUUGCGGCCUUAUUUGAUUUCAAUAGGAUUUUAGUAUGCUGAGCACUUUUGCCAUAUUCUAUGCAAUGCAGCCUAAACUGUCUUCUCGUCACAUGCAUCAUGCUCAUAUUUCCUUAGCUCUGCUUUCUGGAAAUACAUCACUGGUGUAUGUUGUGUUUAAAUUGAUGUGGCACAACCCCUUAGGCUGUUGAAGUAUUUCUCGUGUCUGGGUUCUCACGUUUUGGUUUCUGCAUUUGGAACAUGGCUGUCGUUGUUGCUAAUCACCCCAAAGGCAACGUAUAAGUUGAUUUCCCCAUUCCCUUCAGUCCUCUUCUAUAAAAAAUGGAUUCCUAAAUCAGUGUGGAUUGCCACUGGACCAGACAAGAAUUCUCCAUGGCCAGCCAUGUUGGUUACAUGCUGCUGCUGGAGGCAGACGCAGUCAGUACCUUGGGAAUAAAUGGAGACUGUUAGCCCCAUGAAAGUGCUGCUUCUCUGCAGUGCCCUUUGAUUCAUUCCCUUGGUGGCAUGAAUAGCCUACCAACAGUGCUAGUGCCCAUAUUUUUAUUGGGUGCGGGGGGUGUCAACGAAGGCACCCUCAGUAAUGCCCCCUUAACCUGGAAGGAGUGGGGGGAUGAAAACAGAGCAUUCUUCACGUGUCCCACAACCCCUUCUUUGGUGCUCCGUGUAAAGUAAAAACGGUGGCCCCGUGGCCCAGACUCAGAGCUGGCAGAUCCUAUGCUGUCCUUGGGAGCCCAACCCAUCGUUUAAUUUAGGGCUGAAGGUAGUAAAAUGGACUUUGCACCAGAAAGCUUCAAAGUAAUGACUGUAAAUAUGUCAAGGAAAAAGCACAAUGAAGCCGCUGGGAGGAAAAUUGCAGGAAAAUUAUUGUCUGCUUUAGGGGCUGCUCAUGCAUUAUUAUUUUUCUUCCAACCAAAGAUCCACCUUUGUUUGUAAGGCUGCAGGAGCACCUUUUUAGCUGGCUAGAAGCUUCCUCCUAAUUGAUUUAUACCCGGCCUCUGCAACUCACAGUCUACCAAGUGCAGCCCAUGAAUGUUGUGGCCAGCUAGUUGCUUGACAAGGUGGGCAUUAAAUACAGGGGAUGCUAUUAUGUCCUGGGUAAGUUGUUUAUUUUUACACACCUGAUGCAUACACACAGCCAAAAAGACACCUCCGCUGUGAUACACAAGUUAAAACAGAAUUUUGUUUCCAUGUUCUAAAAAACAAAAUGUAAAGCCCUUAGUUUUGCUUGCCCUUUUGGAUCUCUGCAUGUGGAGACCAUUCUUACUGACCACCCCCAAGACGGUAGACUCCUGAGGAAGCAGGACAAUUGCCUUUACAGUGACGGCUGGACAGGAGCAUCAAGUCUACCCUAAACGGAAUCUUCUUGGGAGGAUUUUGUCUCAAGUUGUAUUUAUUCGUAGAAAGAGGACCCCUCCCCAUUUCUCCAUUUCUAAAGCUCCUCAAUUAUAAUGCCAAUCAUAGAAAUAUAGACACAACAGGUAGGCUAAUAACUGUUAAAACAUAUAUAAUAGAAGAAUUAUAUCAUCCAAAAAGUAGAAAUAAAUCUAUUAGACUUUUUGAAUGAUAUCAUUAUUCUAUUAUAUAUGCUUUAACAGUUAUUAGCCUACCUGUUGUGUCUAUAUUUUUGUGAUUGGUUCUCAAUUAUAAUGCGGCAUACCAUCAUUCCGUAAGGGAUGAACCAGACAUGACACGAAUAUGUAGAGAGAGACAUCCCAUCCCAUUUCAUACUAUCCCUCUCCUGCUUGAGCCCCACCUACUUAGUACAGUGGUACCUCGGGUUAAGUACUUAAUUCGUUCCGGAGGUCCGUUCUUAACCUGAAACUGUUCUUAACCUGAAGCGCCACUUUAGCUAAUGGGGCCUCCUGCUGCCGCCACGCUGCCAGAGCACGAUUUCUGUUCUCAUCCUGAAGCAAAGUUCUUAACCCGAGGUACUAUUUCUGAGUUAGCAGAGUCUGUAACCUGAAGCGUAUGUAACCUGAAACGUAUGUAACCCGAGGUACCACUGUAAUUUGUAAGCAGAGGCUAUCUUGCAUCCAGUGGAUGUGAUAGGCCAUUAAUCAAAAUACAACCAAAAUCACACGAAUCCUCAGAAUUUAAACAAUCUAGCUACCUACCAUUCUAUCAGGGACAUGUUUUGCAUUCAGAGAAUCCUAUAUUCAAUCUGUAUUGCAGGGGUGGCUAAUCACUGGUCCCCCAUAUGUUUUUGGACUCCAUUAUGAUGGUGGUGGUGGCAGUGGUGAUGGCAAAAUGUUUAUUCCAAAACUUUAUCUUGCUACACAUCUUUAAAAACCAACAAAAUCAUUUCCAGAACAAUUUUGGGGUAGAUUCUGCACCACAGCACAGCCCCAUGCAGAGCACAUUAUAAUUGUCCAUGUUCCUGGUGCAUGGAACACUGUGGCUAAGCUACCGGUAACCUUAUUUAGGAAUAGCCAUAGCUGGUAGACAAGCCAGAGCGGAAAAUGGGCACUGUGCCAUUGUGGCUACUUGGGCCUCCAGUGACAAGGUGGAAUCAAGGAGCGCACCUGGACUAUGCACCUGGGGUGCAAGACAUUCCAGAAAGAAGUCAGUCACCCAGGCCCCAAACCCAGGAACCACCAAACCAUAGCACCUCCAUCUUGCUGACUGCAUCUUUCCCCCAGAUCACGGGCUGGGGCUAAAGAGGAUGAGAGUCCAACAACAUCUGGACGGCCAACAGGUUAGUCACCCCUGGUCUUAGCAUACCCAGUUGAAGAAUCUCUAAUAGCAAGGUUAGGACCUUUUUCUGUGACCCUGAAGCUCCAUGGCUUGUUGGGAGUAGGCUAUCCUCAGCUAGGUGAACCUAUGCUCUGAUUUCAGCAGCAGCUGCUCAAAACAGCUUGAUCAUUCAGUUUUUAAAGGCCUACGCAUCAUUCAUCGCUGUGGCCCUAGAAAGAAGAAAGCAGGAAGAAAUAAAGACGUGGAUCCAGAUGAACUUGGUUGGGUUUGUAUCCUACUGAAAUUCAGUGGGACAGGAUAUUCAUAACUUCAGUCCCAUUGGUUUCAAUAGGAACUAAGUUCAACUAACUUAGUCUCGACCCACUCCAUGGAUGGUUCAAAUUACUCGUGCACAACUUCCUUGUGGCUUGCUUUUAGGUUAAUAAAGAGUCCAGUGUCUACUGGAUGAUUCAUAGUGAAAAUUUGUGGUUUUAAGUUGGAGCAGUGAAUAACACAAGCUCCCUGCUUUGUUUGUGUGGGCGCUGCAUUUCCUUUCUGUAUCUCUACAUAAUGCAAAUACUUCUACUUUUUCUUUCCCAAUAUCAGAGUCAUUGACCAUCCAAAGGCAUAAAAUUAAUAACAAAUGAUGUGUAAUAGAACA